AUGGCUUCAAACAUUCUCAGCCACACCUUGUUCUUGCUCGUAAUCACCAUGGCCACAUAUCACAUCUCCCAUGCAAGUGACCCAGACAUCACAUCCGAUUUCAUCAUCCCAGCGAACAGGAGUACCGUUGACGGAACCUUCUUCACCUUCUCCGGCAUGCGUGCUCCAUUCCAAGUGGACUGGCCCGAAGCCUUUAACGUCACAAAAGCAAGCAUGGCCCAGUUUCCAGCCCUCAAUGGCCAGAGCGUCUCGUACGCCUUCCUCCAGUAUCCAUCCCUUUCCAUAAAUCCCCCCCACAUGCAUCCCCGCGCAGCCGAACUACUACUCGUCAUCGAAGGCAGCCUUGAAGUGGGAUUCAUUGACACAACCAACAAGCUCUACACCCAAACACUCAACACGCUGGACAUGUUCGUCUUCCCCAAAGGACUUGUGCACUACCAGUACAAUGCCAACCCCAAUGACCCGGCUACUGCCCUCUCUGCCUUUGGAAGCGCCAAUGCUGGGACAGUGUCUGUCCCUAGCACCAUCUUCGCCACUGGCAUCGACGAAGGGAUCCUCGCCACGGCUUUCAAGACUGACAUUCCAACCAUUCAAAAGCUCAAGGCUGGACUUGCACCACCCAAGGCCUAA